AUGCUCUCGAGAAGACUUGUCGCGACCGCGCGCUCCGUGCCGCUGCGCCGGUACCAGCCGCGCCAGCUUCCGCUGCAGCUGCCACAGAUGAUGCAGCAUGUCCGCAACUAUGCCGACAAGAUUGUCAAGGUGCCGCAAAUGGCCGAGUCCAUAUCCGAGGGUACCUUGAAGCAGUGGACCAAGCAGGUUGGCGAUUUCGUUGAGCAGGAUGAGGAGAUUGCAACCAUUGAGACUGACAAGAUCGACGUCGCUGUCAAUGCCCCCGAGGCUGGUACCAUCAAGGAAUUCCUGGUCAAUGAGGAGGAUACCGUCACUGUCGGUCAAGAUAUUGUCAAGAUGGAGCUUGGCGGCGAAAAGUCCAGUGAGAGCAGCAGCUCAGGCGACAAGAAGGAGGCCGCCGAGAAGCCCAAGCCCAAGCCCGAAUCCGAGUCGAAGCCAGAGCCGCCCAAGGAGGAGUCGAAACCGGAACCCAAGCAGGAUGAGUCUCAAAAAGAUGCGUCCGCCAGCAAGCCAGCUGCCCCGGCUAAGGAGACGUCGAAGCCCGCCUCCAACGAGACGGCAGCAAGCGCCGCCCCAACCUUUGGUAGCCGCGAGGAGCGCCGUGUGAAAAUGAACCGCAUGCGCCUCCGAAUCGCUGAAAGACUUAAGCAAUCGCAGAACACUGCUGCAUCCCUCACCACAUUCAACGAGGUCGACAUGUCUUCUCUCAUCGAGUUCCGGAAGCUCUACCGCGACGACGUGCUGAAGAAGACGGGCGUUAAGCUCGGAUUUAUGAGCGCGUUCUCCCGCGCCUGCGUUCUGGCCAUGCGCGACAUCCCGGCCGUGAAUGCAUCUAUCGAGGGCCCCAACGGCGGCGACACCAUUGUGUACCGUGACUACGUCGAUAUCAGCGUGGCCGUGGCUACCGAGAAGGGUCUCGUGACGCCUGUUGUUCGCAACACCGAGUCACUGGACAUGCUCGGCAUUGAGAAGGCUAUUGCCGACAUGGGCAAAAAGGCCCGUGACAACAAGCUGACUAUCGAGGACAUGGCCGGUGGUACCUUCACCAUCAGCAACGGCGGUGUCUUUGGUUCCCUCAUGGGCACUCCCAUAAUCAACCUUCCCCAGACUGCUGUUCUGGGACUCCAUGCCGUCAAGGAGCGCCCUGUGGCUGUUAACGGCAAGAUUGAGAUUCGCCCCAUGAUGUACUUGGCCCUCACCUACGACCACCGCCUCCUCGACGGAAGAGAAGCUGUGCAGUUCUUGGUCAAGGUCAAGGAGUACAUUGAGGACCCCAGACGCAUGCUUCUGUGA